CAGAUCCACACUACUCCAGACGCUCACACUCCUGUAUAGAGUACAAUGACAGCCCUACAACUACCACCUCUAAUGUCUUUCCAAUGCAUUGAUCCUUGAUUCACUGUUCUCCAGCAACCCCUUCCCCAAUGGCCAGAACGAUAAUUGAAACUAUGAACAGCGAAGGGUGCCAUAGCCGGGUGCACGGCCGAGUAGACGGCUGUCAGGAAGCAGAUGGCAUCUCAGUGUUAUUUGGACCUCAGGGCACUGUCACAUCCGAGUCAAUGCUCGAGAUGCGCAAGUUCCUGGAAGACAACCCGGCUUUAGAUUUCCUUUCGACGACAAUCUCAGAACUUCCGGCGCUUUGGCCCGCCGUUCUCGACGUUUGCCCCAGUUUAGACAAGAUUCCGGCUAAGAAAAAGUUGAAUGAACUCGUCCGUUUCCUGACUGAAGGAGGAGACCCAGCCGCGAUAUUAUCCUCAGAACCGCUACCCUCGAACAACAUCAUCAUAAGCCCACUAACGGUGGUAUAUCAGAUUAUCGAAUUUUGGAAGCUCAGCCAUGGCUACUUCUUUGACAGUAACGACGACAGUGGAUGCCAAAAUCCGUCAAAUAUAUCAGACGUUCAAGGAUUUUGCCUGGGAUUCUUGACUGCGAUAUCCGUUUCUUGUGCGCGAAGCGAAGCGCAAUUUCAAUCUCUAUCUUCGAAAGCGGUGCGCCUGGCUAUGUGUCUUGGAGCCUGGGUCGAUUUCGAUGCACUCAAUCAUAACGUGUCUGAAUGUGCAUCAGCUGUUGCUGUUCGAUGGAAAUCGGAUACGCAUUGGAAGCAAUUGGAACACACUAUGGCGCUGUAUCCUAAAGCCUACAUCUCGUGCCACACUGAUGCGAAAACCGUAACAAUCACCCUCCCAGAGCGGGACUCGGCUCCGUUCAUGUCGGAGCUGGCCCGGCUGAAUUUGCCUGCCAUGUUGCUUGAACCGCGAGGACGCUGGCAUCAUCGGGACCAUCUUCCCGGACUACGUGACCUUUUAUACCUUUGCCAGCGUGACGAACGUUUCCAGUUCCCGGAUGCCAAUGGAUUGAAUAGCUCUCUCCUGUCUAACAUGAACGGAGAAGCUAUCACACAAGGAUCGCUCCAUAGCAUCGCCCUGCAAUCAAUCCUUACCCAGCAAUCUAGAUGGGAUCUGGUGUUUGACACUUGGUUGCUUAAGGGCCGAAGUUUUGGUCACUUCAUGAUUGGUGAAAAGGUCUUGGUCCCCCGAAUCGCUAACAAGGGAUUGUCUAGCACCGCCGCAUUAUCGUCACCGCCAACAGCGACACCCACCACAGCAGCAACGAUGCUGGAGGAUCAAGAAGAAGCUAACAUCCCCGACUCUGCAAUUGCCAUCAUUGGAAUGGCCUGCAGGUACCCUGAUGCCGACUCGUUGGAGGAGUUCUGGGACUUGAUCAAAGCUGGGACAUGCGUGGUCCGGCCGUUUCCUGAGGAUCGAUUCAAACCGUCUUGUCUCAAUCGUGAACCGAAGGGGCCGUUCUGGGGCGGCUACGUUCGGGAGCCAGAUGUAUUUGACCACCAAUUCUUCGGCAUUUCGGGUCGUGAAGCCAAGUCCAUGGACCCCCAGCAGAGGAUGUCUCUGGCAGUUGCUUACGAAGCAAUGGAAUCCGCGGGAUACUGCGGCCUUCGCUCCGGUGAAUUCGAUCGAGACAUAGGAUGCUACGUUGGGGUUGCUAACGACGAUUAUGAUUGCAAUGUGGCUUCGCACCCUAUCAAUGCCUUCUCGCUGACGGGUACUUUGAGAUCGUUCAUUGCCGGUCGAAUUAGCCAUUUUUUUGGAUGGUCUGGGCCGUCGGUCACGCUGGACACGGCAUGCUCUGCCUCUGCUGUCGCCAUUCAUACAGCUUGCAAGGCACUUCAGACCCAUGAUUGCUCCGUGGCCUUGGCGGGCGGCGCCUGUGCCGUGACCAGCUCGCGUAUGACGCAAAACCUGAUUGGAGCAGGGUUCUUGAGUCCAACUGGAGCAUCCAAAGCAUUCGACGUUGAUGCGGAUGGAUAUUGCCGUGCUGAAGGGGCAGGUAUGGUGGUAUUGAGGCGCCUUCAAGAUGCAGUGCAGCACGGGGACUCCAUCCUCGGCAUCAUCACCGGAUCUGCCGUGAAUCAGGGAUCCAACUGUUCUCCUAUUAUCGUACCCGAUUCAGCGUCUCAGGUUGCCCUUUACAAAAAGGCAUUAAGAGUGUCCGGGACCCUUCCUGCUGAGGUAACCUACGUAGAAGCUCACGGUACGGGUACUCAAGUCGGCGACCCAAACGAGUUCAGGAGCAUCCGGGAGACAUUUGGGAGCGUGGACCGACAGGAUGACGUCUUUGUUGGUUCCGUCAAAGACAAUAUUGGACAUACAGAAGCGUCCUCGGGCGUAGCGUCGCUGUUGAAAACCAUUUUGAUGAUGCAGAAGAAGACUAUACCCAAGCUAGCCAAUUUCAAUCGUCUCAACCCUAAGAUUGAGCCCUUGGGUAAAGAUCAUGUUGUGAUACCGACGCAAUCGCGCGAGUGGAAAGCCACCAAACGGCGCAUAGCAUUGAUCAACAACUAUGGUGCGUCAGGGAACAACGCGGCUCUCGUUCUUCAGGAAGCCACUGCGUCGACUUCUCCCGCUGUAUCCUCUCCCGCUUGUUCUCAUUAUCCUAUAUAUAUAUCCGGGAAGACGGCGGAAGCAGUUCGUUCCUACUGUGAACCUCUGAGAAUGUUCCUCUCAACAGGCGACAGACUGAGUCUGUCCGAUAUCGCUUACAAUCUGGCCAUCAAACAGAAUCGGGACUUCGAACACUUCCUCACACUGACCGCUUCCAGCGUCCGGGAUCUUUCUAGCCAACUAGAGAAGAUUGCUUCCGGCACCACAUCUACCGAAGUAAGAUCCAGCCACCAACGUCCCGCCGUUGUGCUCUGCUUUGGUGGCCAGGACGGGAAGCUGGCACACAUCUCGAAAGACCUGUACGAUAACUGCGUGGUCUUGCAGCGCUACCUCGCCGAAUGCGAGUCUGCCUGCGCGCAGGAGCUAGACCUCCCCAGUGUCUUGUUCCCAACCAUUUUCAAUCCUGGCCCGAUCGAGGACUUGGUGAUUUUACACUGUACCCUCUUCUCGAUCCAAUAUUCAUGCGCUAAAUCAUGGCUGGAUUCUGGCCUGAAGGUCGACAAACUCAUCGGGCAUAGUUUUGGUCAGCUGACCGCGCUGUGUGUGGCUCGAUCGUUGUCCGUUGUUGAAGCAGUUCGACUCGUUGCACAGCGUGCCCGACUGCUGCAGACACACUGCAGCCCUCCCCAGAAUGGUUUAAUGUUGGCUGUUGAGGGAAAGUUAUUGGAUGUAGAGCAUCUCCUCCGUCUCGCUGAGCAGCAGCAGCCGCGCUUUUCGGCCGAUAUUGCAUGUUACAACGGCCCUCAAAGCUUCGUCAUUGCCGGCGAUGAGAUAUCUAUUCAGGCAGUCGAGAAAGCAGCAUCAUUACUAUCAGCGACAUGCCAUUUCCGGAUGAAACGUUUGGAAAACAGCCAUGCAUUCCACUCACGUCUCCUAGAUAACAUUAUUCCUGGUCUCCUUCAAGCAGCUGGAGAACUUAGUUUCCAAGCCCCUGCGAUACCGAUUGAAGCAUGCAUCGACAAUGAUGAUGAUUGGAGCCAGGCCAUCACUGCAGACAAAAUCGCCCGACACACUCGUGCACCUGUUCACUUUAUGAAUGCUGUUAGGAGGAUCGAACAGCAAGCACACAAUGGCCCUGUGUUAUGGCUCGAAGCAGGAUCAGGAUCGCCAAUCAUACCCAUGAUCAAACGAGCCACUAUUAAUCACCUCGACCAGCAUAUCUAUAUUGCCACACCUCUUCGAUCCGAUGUGAAUUCCCAACUCAACCUCGCAAAUGCUACAUCUUGCUUAUGGUCAAGAGGAGUGAGGGUGCAGUUCUGGCCAUUUCACCCCCAUCAGCGCUCAUCAUACAAUUGGAUUAAUCUACCUCCGUACCAGUUUGCAAAAACCCGUCAUUGGUUAGAUUAUAAACCGGCGACGGCCGUGUGGGAGGAGACGUCUAUUACGGGCCCUGAAACAACCUUGGAUGAGAAUACUGAGUUGAUUCGACGACUACAUCCUACCAAUCAUAACCUAUCUUAUCGGGAUGGUAGCGGUGAAGAGAACGUUGCUCUAUUCGAAAUCAAUCCCAAGAAUGAACUCUACCAGCUAGGUACGCAAGGACACGAAGUCGUUGACCAAAGCCUCUGUCCAGCAUCGAUGUAUACGGAAUUCGUCCUAACAGCCUCCCGCUUGUUGACGCAUGCUGAGACAGAUUUGGUACCGCGCGUAUCAAGAUUGGCAAUGUCUUCGCCUCUCGUACUCAAUCCAGUUGGGAAAAUAUUCUUGAGGCUGCAAGCAGUAGAGAAAUCGCUAUCAUGGGAAUUCUCAAUCUACAGCCAUGACAGGCAAACUAAUCCUCUUGCGGCUGAGGCGGCGAUCACAACACACGGCACAGGGUGCGUCACGUUAAUUUCCGAAGAGUCCAGCAGCAGUAGUAUUUCGGCGUCUUCGACCAUCAGUCCGUUCCGCUCACUUCAAAGCCUGAUACUUCAACGAUGUCACGAAAUCCAAAAUUCUCCCAUGUCAAUCGGCUACAAAGGUCCUACAGUCUACAAAGCGUUUCGCCCAGUGGUGACAUACGUAGACUACUAUCGCGGGAUUCAAAGUAUCUACAACCUAGGCCAGGAAGCCGUCGCCCACAUUACCAUGCCGCCAGCACGACCACCCAACAUGGGAACGGGCGUCUGCGACCCAGUACUGAUCGACAGCUUUACGCAGGUCUCGGGCGUUUUGGCUAACUGCUUUGCGCUAGGCGAAGAGAAUCCAGGCGAGAUGUGGGUGUGCAAUUUCAUCGGCGACAUUGAGCUGAGCCGAGAAUUCAUCGAGCAUGCGAGAGAGGAUAAGCACGCGUGGACAGCAUAUGGCAAGUAUGAGAUACCCACUCCCAAGAGGCUGACGUGCGAUAUUUUCGUGUUUGAGCCGCUCUCGGGGAACAUCGUCUUUACUAUAAGGGCAAUCGAAUUUCAGAAAGUUUCGGUCAAGUCUUUGUCGAAGAUUCUUGGGAGGCUCAACAACAAUGACAACCGCAAAAUGACUCCAGCAUCACAAACACGCCCAGUUCAGGAUACAUGGGCUCCGGUGAAUGAAAGCCCACAGGUGCCUGACAUAACGAGGUCGACAGCCACAAUAACAAGAGCAGCAGCAAGUCCAACUGGAAAUGCGGAUAGUUUUGGAUCCAUGUCACUACAAAAGGAGCUCGAACUCUCUGCUAGAAGAGUCCCGGCAGAUAUGCCCAUACCUGACAUUCAGCCCGUAUCGUCAUCGGCGUCUUCGUCACUGGAGAAAAUCCAGGAAAUGCUGCAGGACAUACUGGAAAUUCCCCUAGAGUCCAUUUCGCCUAAUGCGCUUCUCGAGGAUCUCGGGAUCGACUCUCUGCUGGCUACGGAGCUUUUCUCCGAGAUGAACAAGCGCUUUGCUGUUUCCAUCUCACAUUCGCAGUUUGCCACCAUCUCUGACGUUCAAGGCCUCGCUGGGUUGGUGUCGGUGACGGCCACUCCCGAGACAUAUAGUCGUCGUUUGGGUCCGGCAUCAUCGACCUCAGCGUCAAGACUGCCAUCUUCUUCCCCGACUGAGGCGGCCUCAACACGCCCAUCCAGCGUCGAACCAUCUUCUUCUCGUUCAUCGCCGCCUCCUACUUACCCUCCUCAACUUGAAAGAGAAACAGUCGUUUACGGCGAACGAGAUGGGAUCCCCCUAUCAGCCGAUAUCUACUAUCCCAAUGGCAAUAAUGGACUGGGAAAGCCGCUCCCGAUUGCUCUCAUGAUCCAUGGUGGAGGUCACGUCAUGUAUACACGCAAAGACAUCCGCGACGACCAGACCAAAAUCCUUCUGCGUGCUGGAUUCUUGCCUAUCAGCAUCGAUUACAGACUAUGUCCCGAAGUUUCGCUCCACGAAGGAGCCAUGCAGGACGUUUGCGAUGCAUUGUAUUGGGCACGAAAUAUACUACCUAAUCUCACCCUCCCUGGGCGCCCAGACAUCUGUGCCGACGGCGACAGAGUCGUAGCCGUAGGGUGGUCAUCCGGGGGACAACUUGCUAUGUCGCUGGGGUGGAUGGCAUCAUCGUUGGGAAUCAGGCCUCCAGAAGCCGUGUUCGCGUUCUACUGCCCGACUGACUACGAAGACCCAUUCUGGUCUCGACCUAAUCGGCCCUUUAAUCAGGAACCUGUCCCUCUUUCUUCUUCCCCUAGGUCGGAAGGCUACGAGCAUCUUUACGAAGGACUCUGUGACAAGCCAAUUGUAGGAUAUUCUCCCGGUGCGUCGAAACGCGCGUUGGGAGGUUGGAUGUCUCUCGACGACGCCCGCUCGCGCAUCAUUCUUCAUAUGAAUUGGGAGGGCCAGUCGUUACCCAUCCUCAUCAACGGGCUGUCCAGAAAGCGUAUUCCGACGAAACUUCCAUCUCCAUCCAUCGAGCAGAUUCGAAACAUCAGUCCUCUGGCACACAUCCGAGCUGGCAGGUAUAGGACACCAACCUUCUUUAUCCACGGAACACGAGACGAUCUUGUCCCCUGGCAACAGUCGCAAAGAACAUACGAGGCUCUGAUCGAAAACGGUGUGCCGGCUCAGUUGGUGAUUUUGGAGGAUGCUUUGCAUUUGUUUGACAUGUAUCGCGAUUUUAAACGGAAUGCGCGUGCCAUCAAGGCGGUCAAUGAUGGCUUUGAGUUUCUCCGAGCGUAUGUAUAGAGGGCUGUAAACGGAGCAUGGUGCCGUGUCAAUGACGAGGGCCAACAGGAGGAAUUGAAGAAGAUACUUUAACAAUAACAAUUAGAUAUGCUUCCAAAUCUUAAUAGAAUAUAGAUAAUUCCCUGUAGAUAGAUCUCGACGUAUUGGAAUUGAAAAAAAUAUGAACUCUUGUACACGA